AUGGCGCGUGCGAGUAGUGAGGUGGUGAGUAGCCUUAGCAACGGGGCGUUGAGGGUAAGGCGGUCAAUUUGGUCAUGUGCUGCUGACUCGGAUUCAUUGAAAUACUUUGUGGAAAAAUAUAAACUGGCACCAUUUGUAAUCGAUUCGCCUCAAAGGCGACCUGACUGCAUUGGUAUGGAUAUCACGCAUGAUCUAUCCAGCUACGACAAUCGUGCUGGUCUACCAAAUCUCAGUUCAACAUGUUUUGUUGCCCCAAAAGCUACCGUUGCUUUAUUCUUUUUCUAUCAUGUCGGUGGUUACGAGUAUAUGCACUGGAAUGAGAACUCUACGAUACUCGAGCCAAUUACCCAUUCAAGACCUCUCGACAGCUCAGCGCUUGAACCAAUGAUUGUAAUAUUUGAGUAUGAACAACUCAACACAUCAAUAGCUGAGGGGAAUGAGAUUGACAUCAUGGAAGAAGUUGAAUCCAACCUUGAAGUCGGAACCAAUACGAGCAGUCUUCUCAGUAUUGAACAAGUGCCAAACACUACUAUCUACUUGGAUUUUAUGGAUACCAAAUUGGAUAUGCUCGAACUGAUUCGAAUAUCGACGUUAGUCUAUGUUGGUGCAUGUAUUUUAUGGUUAAUUUCUAUCGCUUUGCUACUACUUUCGAUCAAAUUUGAAGUACUCGACAUGGUUACCAUUAAUGCAAUUAUUCUCACUAUUGCUAUCAUGUACGCUUUCGUACAUGCUUUAUUCAUUGCUGUACUACUAUAUUACCAGCGUGAUCUUUCUUGGCGAACAAUGGCUAUAGUUAUUGGUACUGUUGUAAUACUUGUUUGCACUACAAUUCUUGGAGGUGUUGCCUUGGCAUUGGUAAUUGGAUGGUAUAAGUACAUCGUCUAUAUGAACGACACAGAAAAGUGCUUCUGUUUGCACACAAUCGUCAGUCUCAUCAAGAAAAGAAAACGGACACCUCAGCGAGCUACACAAGAAUAUGCUUUACCAACUGCUACACGACACAAUGACCUUCCUUACGCAGAUGAACCACCAGUGAAUCAUUUUUCUUCUUUUUAA